GCCCGCAGGGAGAGCGCUACAGGGAAGGCGUCGGGACGGAUGGGGACGGACAGGGGAUGACAGGGGCCGGUCACAGCCCUUCCUGCCCGCAGCACAAUAACACGACUCCCUGCAGGCGGCAGGAUUGGCUGUGAGGGAGAACACGUGACCAGGAAGUAGGAAGUGCGAGUGAUGCAGGAGCUGCUGGCAAUGGCUGCAGUGAUGGUGCAGGUUCCCUUCCAGUGAGGGACAGAGGGAGGCUCCCUGAGACACACUGCUGGCGAGAGAGGCUGCCGCGCUGGGACCCAUGAUGCCACUUUUCUUCCGGAAACAAAAGCAGAGCGGGGAAGGGAGAAAGCGCCUGGAAUAUCAGAUGUGCCUGGCCAAAGAGGCCGGCGCUGAUGACAUUCUUGACAUCUCAAACUGUGAAUUAUCGGAGAUUCCCGAUGGCGCCUUCUCCACCUGCCGCGUUUUACAGAAAAAGGUUCUCAUUGUUCACAGCAAUUUUUUAACCCAACUGGUCCCCAAGUCUUGCCACAUGUCCGACCUAUCAGCCCUGAAGGUUCUUGAUCUCCAUGAGAACCAGAUUGCAGCACUUCCGGCCAACAUUGGUCAGCUGACAUGCUUACGGGUGCUGAACGUUGAGCGGAAUCUCCUGCGAGCUCUUCCCGACUCCAUCGGAGACCUCACUCAGCUGCAGACCCUGAAUGUCAAAGGGAACAAACUCAGAGUACUACCUUCCACUAUUGGGGGGCUGCGCAGCCUGAGGACUUUAAACAUCUGUGAAAAUAGACUUGCGGAGCUGCCGCGCUCCCUGGCCAACGUGCGCACACUGGAGACCCUCUCCCUGGAUGCGACCGCGAUGCUCUUCCCCCCUCCGUCUGUCUGCGGCGAAGGAACAGAAGCCAUACAGAGGUUCCUGUGUAAAGAGCUCGGUAUUGAGUACUGUCCCCCCCAGUACCUCCUGUCUGUGCUGGAAAACAAUUCAUGCGACACGGAUACUGUGGAUGGUGCCUUACUGCGAUCUCUCCAGGAGCAAACUGACUGGCAGAUAAACAAGUUCUCGGAGUUAGAAAAAGAGAAAGUGUGCAGAAUGAUGGAGAAACUGGAGUCCUUGAGCGCAAGAUUGGAUCUGGAGCAGAGGAGAACAAGCACAGCUUCUUUCUACUAAGAGCAAACAAACACAGAAGGUAUUGAAAUCGUAUCAGACGUGAGAGAGGAACAAUGGAGACUGGAGAAGGGGCUGAACAAACAUCAGCAGCAGAUUCAGAGUGAGAGGCAGCGGCUCCAGGAGCAGCUCAAACAGAUGGAGAAGGGAAUCUCUUAUCGGAUCAAGAAUCUGCUGGAGCAGAACCGCAGACAGAAGCAAAACUCGGAAAUUCUCAAAUCGCUAGAGGACGAGCGAAUCAAGAUGGAGCACCUCAUGGCGAUCACGCAGGAGGAGGCGGACAACUUGCGCCGGAAGGAAGUGGCCUCCGCCAUGCAGCAGAUGUUGGCCGAGACCUACAAAAGCAAAUUGCUUCAGAUGGCCUACGAGUCCCGGCGCCAGGAGAUGGUGUUCCAGACCUGUUCUAGCCUGGCAGACAUGGAUCGGAAGCUGCAGCAGAUACAGCACUGGCAGCAGAUGGAUCAAAAUAAAGCCAUCAGUCAGAUCUUGCAGGAGGAGGAGAUCCAGAAAGCUGCGUUUGAGGCUCUGCAGCUGAAGAAAGAUCUUAUGCACAGACAGAUAAGGGAACAGAUAUUAUUAAUAGAAGCUGAGUUAAUGCAACUGACUCAGCUGGAGGUAAAGAGGCAAGAAUUCGGCAACGAGGCACUGCAGGAGGUGAUCGCCGAGCAGAGACGAGCCCUCACCGACAUGCUGCAGCAACUUCUGAAAGACAAGAAGCAGCGAGAGGAGGAGCUACUGGCAGUGCUGCUGGAGAUGGAUUCCAAGAGUGAAGCCAAGCAGGAGAACUAUUGGCUGAUACAGUACCAGCGCCUACUGAACCAGAAGCCUCUGUCGCUCAGGCUGCAGGAGGAGGGGCUAGAACAGGAGCUGGUCGAUCUCCUUAAAGCCCUUUCUGCUGAGAAAUACCUUCCCAUAUUCGCACACCAUCGCUUCUGCCUGGAGAUGUUGGAGAAAAUGAGCCCCGCGGAUCUUAAAAAGAUCGGAGUAGAAGAAGUGGGCUUACAGCACGCCAUCAUCGAGCGAGCGAGGGAAAUCGUACGCACGCGAUCAGAUCAACCCAAAGCCUUAGAGAAACUUGUGCCUGAAGAGGAGCCUUGUGCCCUUCCUAGCCCAAUGGAGCCUUCAGCCCCAGAUACUGAAGUGGCCAAUAGGAACUCGGAGUGCGUUGUGUGCAUGGAGCAGGAGGCCCACGUCAUCUUCCUCCCCUGCGGGCACGUGUGUUGCUGCACCAACUGCGGAGAUGCCCUCCGUACCUGCCCCCUGUGCCGCAGAGACAUCGGGCAGCGCAUACGCAUCUACCAGAGCCCCUAGGCGCACGUCGCAGCCCCCCCGGAUCACAUGAAGGAUCAACAUGGAAGCUUCUGAUUUACUACGUGGGGGGGGCUGCCUGUGAUCACAUGACCCAACCCCCCCAACCUUUGCUGCUUGAAGCAUGUCUGUGCUACCUGGCAAUGUGAAUAU